UGGAAGGGGCCCGCCAUGGUGGCGGCCGUGGCGUACCGGCUGGCGGAGCAGCACCGCCUCAUCGACGAGACCCUCGCCGAGUUCAAGCUCACGCACGAGCAGCUGCUGCAGGUCAAGAAGAGGAUGAGGACGGAGAUGGAAGCGGGGCUCAAGAAGAAGAGCCAUGAGACGGCCAAAGUGAAAAUGCUGCCCACCUUCGUGCGCAGCACGCCGGAUGGCACGGAAAAUGGAGACUUUCUGGCGCUUGACCUUGGAGGAACAAACUUCAGAGUUUUGCUGGUGAAAAUCCGCAGCGGUAAAAGGAGAACGGUAGAAAUGCACAAUAAGAUAUAUGCCAUUCCCAUAGAAGUGAUGCAGGGAACUGGAGAGGAGCUAUUCGAUCACAUCGUUACCUGCAUUUCCGACUUCCUGGAUUAUAUGGGAAUCAAAGGCGCCCGGCUUCCUCUUGGCUUCACCUUCUCCUUCCCUUGCAAGCAGACCAGCUUGGAUGCUGGCAUCCUGCUCAAUUGGACAAAAGGAUUUAAAGCUACAGACUGCGAAGGAGAAGAUGUGGUGUAUUUGCUCAGAGAAGGAAUCAAAAGAAGAGAGGAGUUCGACUUGGAUGUGGUGGCCGUGGUGAACGAUACGGUUGGCACUAUGAUGACUUGCGCCUACGAAGACCCCAACUGUGAGAUCGGGCUCAUUGUGGGGACCGGCAGCAACGCGUGCUACAUGGAGGAGAUGAGAAACGUGGAGAUGGUGGACGGCGAGCAAGGAAGGAUGUGCGUGAACAUGGAGUGGGGAGCCUUCGGGGACAACGGCUGCCUGGACGACAUCAGGACAAUAUACGACAAGGCGGUCGAUGACUUCUCACUGAACGCUGGCAAGCAAAGGUACGAGAAGAUGAUCAGCGGCAUGUACCUGGGCGAGAUUGUCCGCAACAUCCUCAUCGACUUCACCAAGCGGGGCUUCCUCUUCCGAGGGCAGAUCUCGGAGACCCUCAAGACCAGGCACAUCUUCGAAACCAAGUUUCUCUCGCAGAUCGAGAGCGACCGGUUAGCCCUGCUGCAGGUGCGCACCAUCCUGCAGCAGCUGGGGCUCAACAGCACGUGCGACGACAGCAUCAUCGUGAAGACGGUGUGCGGGGCUGUGUCGCGGCGGGCGGCGCAGCUCUGCGGCGCCGGCAUGGCCGCCGUCGUGGAUAAAAUCAGGGAGAACAGGGGCCUGGAGCACCUGGAGAUAACGGUUGGUGUGGACGGGACUCUGUACAAGCUACAUCCCCAGUGA